AUGGCAGAAACUGAUGCAGACUAUGACAACAACAACGAUGCUGCUCAUGAAGACGACGUGCAGUCCCUCGUGGACGGGCAGAGCUGUUUUCCGAGAGAGGAAGAAUCCUUUGACUGGUUCUGCGGAAUGAGAAAUAGCUUCAGCCUCUCCUUCCUGGUCCCCUCGUGGAGCUACACGGGAGAGCCGCCAGCCAGUCAGUCUGAGGGUGAAAGAAUUGAUUCUGCGACAGAGAGGAAGGAGAGGAACGACGACAAAGUUACCAUUUUGACCCGCCAGAAGGAGGCGAUAGAGUCAGAGAAGAAGAAGUAUGUGGCAAAGAUGCGAGAGAUGUCUCAUCUCUUCGAGGUUGGUGGUUUCCGCAUGACCAACUCGCGGUCAAAGAGCAGUCGCAGAGCUGAGUUCUUCAUCAUGUACUACGCAAGUAAGGUUGAGGAGCAAAGCUUGUUGCUCAAGUCUGUGUGUGAUGAAAUCAAGUUCGCUCAUUUCCUUGAAAGAUCCAAACAGUCCUGGACCGCCGAGGAUAGCAUCAAGAAUCGCUUCAGAAACCUUGACCAGCUUCUUGCCUUCUAUGACAACUUCAUCAAGGAUUGCAAGCAAUUCAAAGAUGUCAUUGAAUGUUGUCGUGCGUUGACGAAAUAUCUAUUGCAGAUGUACACGAAGCCAACGAAGCCAUAA